UAGACGUCACAUUCCUGCAUUCUCUUUCUCACCCCGGUUUUCUACGUUGUCGUGAGCUAACCUUAUCCCCUUCAUUACAUUUCUUCCCAUUCCCCCCCCCCCCCUCUCUCUCCCCCCAACAAACACAGUCAUGACGCGGCGGGUUUGAUACGAGAAGGAGGUGAACCCGGGUUUCAGAGACACAUUCUCAAUUCGGCUUUCGCAAGGCAACGAGACUGACUCGAACCUGGCGUGUUUGAUUGAGAACUUGCCCAGCUGUUCAUUUCGGAUACAGAAGAUGAGGACUUUGAUGGAUUUGUGGAUGAGGAUGGAUCAAAAAAUAGCGUCACUUUCCUCCUGCGCUUCCCCUCCUCAACGCCCACCUGGCGCCGCUGCCUCGGUUCUCAUGGAGAACUCAUCAGUGGCGUCGGCGUCGUCAGAGGCUGGCAGCACGCGCUCGCAGGAGAUUGAGGAGCUGGAGCGCUUCAUUGACAGCUAUGUGCUGGAGUACCAGGUGCAAGGGCUGCUGGGAGACAAGGUUGACGGAGACUUGGACCUGGACCUGGACCUGGACGACGGCAGGAAGGUGCCACAGUGGACGGACAACUGCAGUGACUACAAAGACGGCAGCUGGACCUCCUCACAGGGGAGAGGUUCCUCAAAGCCAGAUGAGUGGGAGCACAGCAGUAAUGGCAGUUCAGGGUCAAGGCCCAGUUCCGGGUCCAGACCGGGUUCUGGCUCUCGAUCUGACAGCAGGGGUCGAAACAACCAGUUUAAAGGCUCUGCCAAGAAUGGGAACAAAGAUGUCUCCUUCGACAUCCUGGGCACAGACAUAUGGGCGGCUAACACAAUGGACUCAUGCGGGGGUACAGGUUGGGAUGUGCAGCCAGAGAAGUUAGACUUCAGCCACUUCCACAGGAAACACACAAGAGCUGUGCCGAAGCACCUGCCGCACAUUGACAGAGAGGGAAUGAGCAAAAACAAGUUUGAGGAUGACGACGGCAUAGACUUAAAUGACAUAGAGAGGUUCCUGCCCCACCUGUGCUCUGUCUUCCCACCCCUUCCUAAUGAGGCUGAGAUCGCGCACACCAAAAAGCUUUUCCGGCGCAAGAGGAACGACCGACGGAGACAACAGCGGGGUCAGGGAGGAGGUAAGAACCAGUCAUCAUCCCCACAACACCAGUGGGAUCAGCAGUCACCCAGCCCAACGGAUGCGGGAGACAACAGAAACAAUGGCCGGUCACCUCGCCACUAUCAGGGCAGACAUGGGCAACGCCCCAGUGGACCCUCGCAUGGUUACAGCCAGAACCGACGCUGGCACCCCAAUCAGAAAGGUCCAGGACAACAGAACCCAGCAGGUUCCGAUAGAGGACCACCUCUGAGAGCAACCAAAGAGACAGAGAAUGUAAAAGUGACAAGCGACAAGCACACGCGACAGAUUGAGGAGCCUCGGGACUGCAAGAGUCCAGCUGACUCGCCCAAGUCUGAGUCAGCGCUGGGCACGAACAUCUCGUCAGACGUGACAGCCGGCAAAGAAAGCCUCGGCUCAUCAGGCCAAGGUCCAUCUAGGGAGCCCCAAAUCAGCUUGCUGCAGUCGUCCAAGGAGAGGUUGCAGAGGAGACUAAAGGACAAGGAGGAGGUGCUAACAGAGGCGUCAGGCGCACCCAGCAUGGACCGCUUGGUGAGGCUUCUCAACAGCAUGAGGAGCAACAGCAGUGGCGUGGAGGAGCAUCUGACCUCCUUCAUGGAGGAGGCGCAGAGCUCUGCGCGCUCCGAGGAAACCCUGACCCAGGUGGUGGGCACCAUCUAUGACAAGACAGUGUUGGACCGGAGCUUCGCUGCCACCGCCGCUAAGCUGUGCGACAAGAUGGCGCUCUUCAUGGUGGAUGGGACCAAGUUUAGGUCCCUGCUGCUCAACCUGUUGCAGAAGGACUUUGCCCGUCGUGCGGAGCUGCAGCGGUCAGACGUGGAGGUGUGGUUGGGCUUCAUCACUUUCCUGUGCGAGGUGUUUGGGAUAAUGAGGAGCAGUUCCGGAGAGCCCUUUCGGGUCCUGGUGUGUCCCAUCUACACCUGCCUGCGAGAGCUGCUGCAGUCGAAAGACAUCAAGGAAGACGCCGUGCUUUGCUGCUCUAUGGCGCUGCAGAGCUCCGGGAGGCUCCUGGAGGAGCAGCUGCCCGAGAUGAUGACGGAGCUGCUUGCGGCCGUGCGCGACAAGAUGUUGAGCCCGGCUGAGUCACCCCUGACCCGCUCGCUCCUCAUGGAGGUAGUGGAGCUGCACGCACACCGCUGGAGCCCCCUGGAAGCACUCACUACGCAGUACUACGACCGCACCAUCCACAAGCUCACCAUGGCCUCAGCCUAGACCUGCCAUUUCAUCCCGAACUUUUGGUACAGACGAUUGCGUUUUGGGCCGCUAGGGGCAGUGUAGGAUGGGAGCAGCUUAUCCGUUGGGAAUAGAGAGAUGUUAAGAGGAGGAGGAUGAGGGGUGCCUGUGUCUUCAUUGUCCUCCACCCCCUCCUCUCGUUCCAUCCUCCAGCGCUCGUGGCUGAUAAAAGACAGAAAAUGGAGGCAGGGAGAAGACACGGUGCCGCUGUCUGUGUGCACCGUCUGCCCUCCCCUCCACAGGGACCCUGGGUCAGGAGGUCCUGCUGCGGGACUCAAGCACGCCCACACCAUCCCCCAUAACCUCCCAUCCCCCGCCCUUUGUCUCCCUCCCUUAGCAGGAAGCCUUUUUUGUGGGGAUGAGACAGCGGGCCUGCUGGGCCCGGCUGGGCUCGGGAUAAGGAUCAGGCUGGCUAGAGUAGGGUGGCAGAUGGCGGCUAGAGCCCUUGUGAGAGACGCAUACACACACAGACACUCACUCAAAACACACACGCAUGCAUGGCAACCAAGCAUCCCUCUCCACCAUAGAAAAAUAGGAAAUAAGGGGGGUCGUCAGCAUUAGAGGAGCAUUAAAAAACACACACACACACAGUGCUGUUAAACCUUUUGUUUUUGUCUCCCAAGCCGUGCACAUCCACACUCAUAAUAACCGUUUUUUAAAAAUAUAUAUUUAUUAUAACCAUUUGAUUUUACCAUCGGAUUCUUACCAAGUACUAUUAGAGCCACACUGAAAAGAGAAAAACGCUAACAUUACGAGAAAAAUGUGGAAAUAUAAGAAUAAUUUUUUGAUGUUGGACAAAUACAUUGCGCAGAGUGCAAUGUUACGUGAAUAAAGAGGUUAUCAUAGGAGAAAGAAAUUGUAAUAAACGAACGUUUUAAAGCUAUGAAAUGAAUUGGGAAAGUUGUAAUUUCACAAUGACAUUCUUACUGAUUCACAAAUAAAGUUGUAAUAAUACAAGAAAACGUAAAGUUCUGCAAAUAAAUGUGUACAAAAGUUGUAGUGUUUCGAGAAUGAACCAAUGUUCCGAGCAAGGCGCAAUGUUAUGUGAAUAAUAUCUAAUUUCCCUUUACGUGAAUAUCUAAUUUCUCCUCACGGGAUCGAUCAAUCACUUGAUCGAUUGAACUAUCUAUUUAAAAGAUGUAAGAUUACGACAAAAAGUCAUCAUAGGAGAAUGAAGUCGUAAUAAGAAGUAGUUGAUGUAAAGCUAGGAAAUUAACUUGGUAUUGUAAGGGGAAAAAAGUCAAUAUUACAAUGGCAGUCUUAAUGAUACACAUAAAAAAGAGUAUGACAAAAAAAUUGUAACGUGAAAAGAAUAAUAGUUAUGUGACUAAUAUUUUGGGCAAAGUAAGUCUUAAGUCUCGUGAAUUGUCAAGUUUGGACAAUUAAGUUGACUUCUAGGAAAAAAGGCAAGGCAAAUGCCUAUAUAGCGCAUUUCAUACACAAGGUAACUCAAUGUGCUUUACAUGAUUAAAAGCAUUUAAAAACAAAGAGCAUAAGACAUUUUAAAAAGUACAGAAAACUUGUGCAAAAGUGCAAGAAAGGUCAUUUAAAUAAUGGAAAUGCUCUAUAAUGCUUAAUGAUAACCAUGAGAAGAAGAAAAAAAAAAAAAAAAAGAAUAGUUUUUAACCUGAACUUAAAACUAUUGGCACUUGGGGCUGAUUACACUUGUGUUGGCAACUUAUUCCAUUUGUGUGCAGCAUAGCAGCUAAAUGCUGCUCCACCAUGUUUGCUUUAGAAUCUGUGCUGAGUCUGUAGAGCUCAGAACCCUGCUAGAUUUAUAUUCUAUUAGCAUUUAUUUAAUGUAUCCAUGACCUAAACCAUUUAGUGAUUUAUAGACCAGUAACAGAACUUUCAAGUAUUGUAUAGCUGACUCGGAGCCAGUUUAGAGACGUUAAAAUUGGCGUAAUGUGCGUUGAUCUCUUUCUUGUGGUCAGAAUCCGAGACAGACACUGGCCCGACCGUGCCAAUAAAAAUGGCAUGAAUAAAUACGAUGAAACCAAGCGAUGAAAUCAAUACAUUCUUGCUUUUAAAUGUAAUAUUAAAAAUAUAUUCUGAAUAUUAUUUAAUAUUCAAUAUUUUGAGUUUUAUCCAAUUAUAUUAUUAUUGGAUUUUUGCGCAUGUCACAUGAAUUCAGGUUAAAGCCCUCUCAUAAAUCCCAGAAAAAAUAAAUCUAUACAUUGCCACGUUCACAGCAAGCUAACUUACCUAUUACUAUUGCUUUUUAUCAAGGAGUGUGGCUAAACGGAGCGGCUGCAUCGAUCGCCUCAUUCAAUGACGUGCGCUGCGCUACGCACAUUGCUCGCAUGCAUUUUGCCCACAGAGACUGUACACUUCACUAUUUCAUCCCCAGGGAGAUAUAAAAAUAUAAAUAUUGUUAAGCAUUGUUGUAAUGGUAUAAUAAGUAUUUUUUACUUUGGAGUGACGAAUAAAAGCAGCAAGAAUAAUGCACCAGAAAGUCCGGGAGCAUCAUCCUCCCAAAUUGAAAAAAUAACUGCAGAAAGUAUAAAAAUUAUUCAUUCAUUCAUCUUCCGUUCCGCUUAUCCUCACUAGGGUCGCGGGCAUGCUGGAGCCUAUCCCAGCUAUCUCCGGGCGAGAGGCGGGGUACACCCUGAACUGGUCGCCAGCAAAUCGCACGGUACAUAUGGACAAACAACCAUACGCGCACACAUUCACACCUACAGGCAAUUUAGAGUCCUCAAUUAACCUACCCUGCAUGUUUUUGGGAUGUGGGAGGAAACCGGAGUACCCGGAGAAAACCCACGCAGGCACGGGGAGAACAUGCAAAUUCCACACAGGCGGGGCCCGUAUUUGAACCCCGGGCCUCAGAACUGUGAGGCAGAUGUGCUAACCAGUCGUCCGCCGUAUACAAAUUUGUAUAAAGCAAAAAGACCGAGACAAUUUAGAGUCAUGGCUGCAGAAGUAUCUGGGAAUUUUUGGAAAAAAAAUGCUCUCCUCUAAUGUAAGCCCAGUGUGGAGAACAGACAAAUUAGUGACCCCAGUAGUGCACUGGUUGUGGGAAAGUCCUCCUCCAGGGCCCAGGGACUUGAUGCCCAUUGGAGGUCCUUGCAGCACAUCAAUGAACUCAAUGAAAGCUUAAACAUUUGCCAAUUGACACAUUUAAAAACUGAUGACUGACAUUUAAGAACUUAUCCAUUGUCACUUUCCAUUGUGAUACUUUGCAUGGUUUCUUUACGAAAACGUUAUGUGGUUCAUUUAUAAAAGGUGUAAUGUCAAGAUGAGUGAUGGGAGUAAAAGUUCGUUAUUCCACUUAAUUACAACCCCAAUUCCAAUGAAGUCGGGACGUUGUGUUAAACAUAAAUAAAAACAGAAUGCAAUGAUUUGUAAAUCAUGUUCAACCUAUAUUUAAUUGAAUACACUACAAAGACAAGAUAUUUAAUGUUAAAAUUGAUAAACUUGAUUGUUUUUAGCAAAUAAUCAUGAACUGAAAGCUGGGACAGGUGGCAAAAAAGACUGAGAAAGUUGAGGAAUGCUCAUCAAACACCUGUUUGGAACAUCCCACAGGUGAACAGGCUAAUUGGGAACAGGUGGGUGCCAUGAUUGGGUAUAAAACGAGCUUCCCUGAAUUGCUCAGUCAUUCAGAAGCAAAGAUGGGGCGAGGUUCACCUCUUUGUGAACAAGUACGUGAGAAAAUAGUCGAACAGUUUAAGGACAAUGUUCCUCAAUGUACAAUUGCAAGGAAUUUAAGGAUUUUGUCAUCGAUGGUCCAUAAUAUCAUCAAAAGGUUCAGAGAAUCUGGAGAAAUCACUGCAUGUAAGCGGCAAGGCCGAAAACCAACAUUGAAUGCCCGUGACCUUUGAUCCUUCAGGCGGCGCUGCAUCAAAAACCGGCAUCAAUGUCUAAAGGAUAUCACAACAUGGGCUCAGGAACACUUCAGAAAACCAAUGUCAGUAUAUACAGUUCGGCGUGACAUCCGUAAGUGCAACUUGAAUCUCUACUAUGCAAAGCAAAAGCCAUUUAUCAACAAUACCCAGAAACGCCGCCGGCUUCUCUGGGCCCGAGCUCAUCUAAGAUGGACUGGUGCAAAGUGGAAAAGUGUUCUGUGGUCCGACGAGUCCACAUUUCAAAUUGAUUUUGGAAUUUGUGGACGUCGUGUCCUCGGGGCCAAAGAGGGAAAGAACCAUCCGGACUGUUAUGGACGCAAAGUUCAAAAGCCAGCAUCUGUAAUGGUAUGGGGCUGUGUUAGUGCCAAUGGAAUGGGUAACUUACACAUCUGUGAAGGCACCAUUAAUACUGAAAGGUACAUACAGGUUUUGGAGAAACAUGCUGCCAUCCAAGCAGCGUCUUUUUCAUGGACGCCGCUGCUUAUUUCAGCAAGACAAUGCCAAACCACAUUCUGCAUGUUACAACAGCGUGGCUUCGUAGUAAACUAGUGCGGGUACCAGACUGGCCUGCCUGCAGUCCAGACCUGUCUCCCAAUGAUAAUGUGUGGCGCAUUAUGAAGCGUAAAAUACGACAACGGAGACCCCGGACUGUUGAACAGCUGAAGCUGUACAUCAAGCAAGAAUGGGAAAGAAUUCCACCUACAAAGCUUCAACAAUUAGUGUCCUCAGUUCCCAAACGUUUAUUGAAUGUUGUUAAAAGAAAAGGUGAUGUAACGGAGUGGUAAACAUGACCCUGUCCCAGCUUUUUUGGAAUGUGUUGUAGCCAUAAAAUUAAUGAUAAAGUUAAUGAUUAUUUGCUAAAAACAAUAAAGUUUAUCAGUUUGAACAUUAAAUAUCUUGUCUUUGUAGUGUAUUCAAUUAAAUAUAGGUUGAACAUGAUUUGCAAAUCAUUGUAAUCUGUUUUUAUUUAUGUUUAACGCAAUGUCCCAACUUCCUUGGAAUUGGGGUUAUACAAUUAAUCAUCUGAUCAUUUAUGUCACGACACAUUAAAAACAUGCAAAACAACUAAUUCCACCGAAGUAAUAUUUUCUUAAAGGCUGAAAUAAACAAUAUAAAGAUGCUUAAUAUAAAAUAGUCAUUGAAACUUCAAAUAUAUCAUAUAUGAAUAUUCAGAGCCACUACCGGACCACGACUCAAAAAAGCUUAACAUCGGACCGUGUUCUAAGAAUAACCAUUCACGCUUCUCUUGUAAUUCUUUUUGCCUUUUCAGUGUGGUGUUAAUACUCCUUAGCAUACAGUACAUUCUCGAUACUCGGUUUCCUGAUUUUCAACAUGUACAUAUGAGAUUUAGCACCAGGUCUUAUUGCACACGUUUGAGUUGGUUGCAGUGUUAUGAGGUGAUUUGGACUAAACAAACAAAAUGGAUAAAUAGAAAGCAUAGCGGCAGUGAAAAUAAAUUAUUGAGCUAAAAAGUAGAUAUAACACUUUUUUUGUGUGUUGGGGGCGGAAUAGGAAAAAACGGGGGAUGGCAAAUGAAAUGUAUCUGACAUUUACCUGGAGCCAUCCUUUGCGGUGAAUAUUUGGUGUGGCAUUAUUUGAUGGUGUUUAUUGUGUUUUAGGAAUAAUGACCUUUACUAACCUGUGUCUUGUGAAGACCACAUAGCCAAAAAAUCUCUAUACAUAUUUAUCUAUGACGCUAAUGUGCGCUAUGAUCGGUCAUGUAGCAUCUGUGAAUGGGCUCUCUGUAAUCUGCGUUCAGUAUAUUUCCAAGUAUUUAAAAAAAAAAACACUUGAAGUUGGCAAAAGAAAUGUUAUGGGAAAACACCCGGAAAAUUUCUACCAGGAAUUAGCUUGAUGCUUUAAUGAACACAAACAAACAGUGUCACAAUUCAGGGGCCGCAUCCUUCGAGGGGCGUAUUCAUCUACGAAAGGCCCUCGUUAAGUGGGACGAUCGUGACUUUUUACGUUAUGAUGGUAGGUGGCUACAUAUUAGCCUCAUUAACGUCAUGUAUUUUAAACUGAAGUUUUACAGUUGCAAGAAGAAUUAACACAUCUAGCGUGAAAACCUUUACAUUGGUGUCGUUUUUCUGCAGUCUGAAACUACACUGUUUGAUACUCCCAUGAUCCCAUGCAACGUCGCAGGCAAACUUAAUUGAGUCUUUUUCAUUAAAUGUGCUAAAAACACAUGCAUUCAUAUAGUCUGCCAUGCUUAAAUCCAAUGUAUUUUCCUGGUAUCGAUACAUUACCUUUUAAAACGAUUUUAAAUCGAGUUAUGUCAUCCGGGAGGCCAACUUGCCGAGCAUACUGUCGAUCGAUGCAGUUGGAUCGGAGGGAUAUGAAUCGAUACAUCGAUGAUGUGAAUGAAUUGUUACACUCCUAGUAGCGAAGCAUUCUGCAAAAAAAUGAAAAAAAUUGUAACGUCAUGACAAAAAAAGUUGCAGCGCUACAUGUUCAUCAGAAUAUUAUGGGAUAAAAUGGUGUACUGUUAGUUGAAAUGACAAGCAUGAAAUACUUUUUUCUGAAAAAAGGUUUCUAGAAUGAAGUCGUAAAUUUAAAAAAGUCGCAAAGCUCCGAAGGAUUUACUAUUGCAAGAAAAUAGUUGUAACUUUAUCAAAAUAAAUUUGCAAAAAGGUAAUGUUACAAUAAUAAAGUUUUAAUAAUACAAGAAAAUUUCCAGAGCUACCAAAUAUUUCUUGUAAUAGAAGAAUAAAGUUGUUAUAUUGCAGAGGGGAAAACGUAUUAUGAGAAUAGUUUUAAUAUUUUGAAAGUUGCAAAGCUAUGGAAUAUUCGUACUAUAAAAAUAAUAAUAAUGUGAUACUAAUAAUAAUGAUAUUGCGGGGGGAAGUAAAGUUACGAGUCAAAUUGUAAUAUUACUAGAAUAGUUAAAACGCUACGAAAUGGUCGUACUACAGGAAAACGUUGUAUGAGAUGUAAUAUUGCACAAAGCAAUAUAGAUGUAAUGUAGCAAAAAUGAAGUCAUGUUUCUUCUAGAAAAAAAGUCAAGGUUAUGACAAUAAAGUCAAUAUUACAAGAAGGAAGUUGUAAUGCUGUGAGAGAAGUUGCAAAGCUACGAAACAGUCGAAAUACUACUACUACUAAGUAAGUUGAAAAUCUACAGGAAAAAAAGUUGUAACAUUACAAGAAUAGUCCUGAGGUUCCGGGAAAAAGUUGUAACAUUAUGAGAAAAUGUUGCAAAGCUACAAAAUAUUACGAGAAGUAUUGAAGCUACGAAACAGUCGUAAUAUUACGUGAAAUAAGUUGUAAUAGUACAGGAAUAAAGUCGUGAUAUUACACAAAAAGUCGUAAUGAUUCAAGAAUAAAGUUGUGAUGCUGCGAGAAAAGUCGCAGAGCUAUAAAAUAUUUGUAGUAUUGCAAGAAUAAAGUUGUAAUAUUACAGGGAAAAAAACUGAACACUACGAUAAAGUUGUAAUAAUACAGGAAAGAAGUCGUAACGUUAUGAGAAUAAAGUUUUAAUAUUACGAGAAAUCUCAAAGCUACUUAAUAACUGUAACAUUACAAGAAUGAAGUUGUAAUUUGGACGCCCUUUGCGGUGUUACGCGUUGUCCUUCCGAAUGAUCUUACCCCUGAAUCGGGACACAGUGACACCAAAGGCGUGUAAUGGGACGAAAACGUCAUAGUUCUGCACCAGUUUAGGCCGACAAAUGACCUUUUUUUGACAUUAUUUUUAGUGCCUUAGAGGGAAUUGAAGAUCGACAAGUAGCCCAAAAGCCAAUUAAAAUCCGGCCUCAUGGCUAGAUUUAGCCUAUAGCUUAGCAUGUGACGUCAAGUACCCUUGCACCCCUAAUACACAGUGUACAUGCUUGUGCUUACACAGCGUGUUUAUUUUUUUUUUGUAUUAUGAUUUCCUCUGUCUUGCAUCAAGAAUUCAGAUCAUGUGUAAUAGAAACCUCAUCACUCGGAUGAUGAUGAUGUCUUGAUGAUGUCAACUUGUUUCAUUUCUAGCUUUCUAUUGAAGUUAAGCUCAUUUAUAUAUGCGGGGGGGAAAAGAGAAAAGACUUGUGAAACAGUUGUGACACCUAGCUUGCAAGUGUGUAAGUGGUGGUAUUACUGUGGUUUAGCCACCAACGCAAGUUUUUGUUAUGCAAGAAAAAAAUAGUGUGUGUGUGGGGGGGGGGGGCUGCCCCCUCCUUGUCUGUGCCCGUGGAGCCUCCUCAGUCCCUCCCCCAUGCCGGUUUGCAUAUUGUUGUGAAUAUUAACACUUAAAUGCCUGCGGGCUCCACUCGGAUGCCUGUUUG